GCUUCAUGCAAAAGCCCCAGAGCCCGACGCGGCCACAGCAGUAGCGAGAACUGGAGCUUUCUCGAGCUGCGUCUGCUGCGACCUCUUUACGGACGCUACGUGCCUCUAGGCUCAGACCUAGCUCACGGUGCAUCAGUCCCACUUUGCCCGUCCCCCACCUGGAUCGCACCUGGUCCAGGCCAGGGUCCUGCCAAGUGCCCAGAGAGUGCGUGCAAGGGGCCCUAGGGAACCGUGAAGCGCGCGCGCGCCAUGGGGCCGCCACCCGGGGCCGGGGUCUCCUGCCGUGGUGGCUGCGGCUCUUCCAGAUUGCUGGCAUGGUGCUUCCUACUGGCUCUGAGUCCGCAUGCCCCCGGCUCCCGGGGGGCCGAAGCUGUGUGGACCGCGUACCUCAACGUGUCCUGGCGGGUUCCGCACACAGGAGUGAACCGCACCGUGUGGGAGCUGAGCGAAGAGGGCGUGUACGGCCAGGACUCGCCGCUGGAGCCUGUGGCUGGGGUCCUGGUACCUCCCGACGGGCCCGGGGCGCUCAACGCCUGUAACCCGCACACGAAUUUCACGGUGCCCACGGUUUGGGGAAGCACCGUUCAAGUCUCUUGGUUGGCCCUCAUCCAACGUGGUGGGGGCUGCACCUUCGCAGACAAGAUCCAUCUGGCUUAUGAGAGAGGGGCGUCUGGAGCUGUCAUCUUUAACUUCCCGGGGACCCGCAAUGAGGUCAUCCCCAUGUCUCACCCGGGUGCAGGAGACAUUGUUGCAAUCAUGAUUGGCAAUCUGAAAGGAACAAAAAUUCUACAGUCUAUUCAAAAAGGCAUACAAGUAACAAUGGUCAUUGAAGUAGGAAAAAAACAUGGCCCUUGGGUGAAUCACUAUUCAAUUUUCUUUGUUUCUGUGUCCUUUUUUAUCAUUACCGCAGCAACUGUGGGCUAUUUUAUCUUUUAUUCUGCUCGAAGAUUACGGAAUGCAAGAGCUCAAAGCAGGAAGCAGAGACAAUUAAAGGCAGAUGCUAAAAAAGCUAUUGGAAGGCUUCAACUACGUACACUGAAACAAGGAGACAAGGAAAUUGGUCCUGAUGGAGAUAGUUGUGCUGUGUGUAUUGAAUUAUAUAAACCAAAUGAUUUGGUGCGCAUCUUAACCUGCAACCAUAUUUUCCAUAAGACAUGUGUUGACCCAUGGCUGUUAGAACAUAGGACUUGCCCGAUGUGCAAAUGUGACAUUCUCAAAGCUUUGGGAAUUGAGGUGGAUGUUGAAGAUGGAUCAGUUUCCUUACAAGUCCCUGUAUCCAAUGACGCAUCCAAUAGUGCCUCUCCCCAUGAAGAGGAUAAUCGUAGUGAGACUGCGUCAUCUGGAUAUGCUUCAGUUCAAGGAACAGAUGAACCACCCCUGGAGGAACAUGUGCAGUCAGCAAAUGAAAAUCUACAGCUGGUAAACCAUGAAGCAAGUUCUGUGGCAGUGGAUGUAGUUCCUCAUGUUGACAACCCAACCUUUGAAGAAGAUGAAACUCCUGAUCAAGAAACUGCUGUGCGAGAGAUUAAAUCAUAAAAUCUGUGUAAAUAGAAAAUUUGAACCUUUAGUAAUAACAGGACUGCCAAUCAGGACUUAGUUUACUAUUAAUGAACUGGAUAAACCUAAUAAAGUAAGAAUGAUAUUGAAAGUGCUGAGAUGACUAAUAUUAUACUAUAGUUAAAUGGCUUAAAAUAUUUAACCUAUUAACUUUUUUCCACAAACUCAUUAUAAUGUUUUUCAUAGGCAAGUUUCCUCUCACUAAAAUAGUGAUAGCAACAUUUUUAAACAUUCAAACCUGUCUUCAAGUAAUCAUGUUUUUCAUUUAUAACAAUUUUCUUAUAAAAAUAUAUUGCUUUUAAAAUGUGGAGUAGCUAUAAUCACUUUAUUUUAUGAUAGCAUCUUAAUUAAAAUAAUACUACUUUAGCUUGGGCUAUAUGUGUCAGGGUUUUUCCUCCAGGUGCUUAUAUUGAUCUGGAAUUUUAAUGUAAAAAGCAAUGCAAAUUUAGGCUAGUACUUCAUGAAAUGUCUAUUUAAAAUCAUUAAGUUGAUAGAGCAAAAUUAAAGCAAAAUAUUCAUUUUAACUUUUUAUUCUUUUUAAAAUUAAGCUAAAUGUACUUCAUGAGAGUAUCAAGCAUAGUUUAUCAGAGAAUGUGGAUUGAAUUUGUUGAUUGAUCGAUUGAUAUAUUGUGACACCAAUUGGCACAAGAUUAUAGAGGUUUCUUACAGAAAUAUUGCAUAACUAUUUCUCAAACUUCUAGCAUUUUCAAAAGCACAGUAUGUAAACCACCAUACUAUUUGAAAAUGUUAAUGACAGUAAGUCACACAAAAAUUGUUGAUUGACUUGUGCAUGAAUUAGUCUACAGAAAAUGUCUGUAAAAUUAAUCUAUAGAAAAUGUUUUCCAAACAAUGUUAACUUUGACAAUUGAGUUUACAUUUGGCCUAAUGGGCUAAAAUUACAUUAAACAAAAAUUCUGUCCAUAUAGCUAUAAUUUUUGUGAAUUCUUGGUGUUUGAAAAAGAAUUGAUGGGGAGGGGGGACUUCCAGGUGCCUUAAUACAAAGUUUGAAGCUUCAUCCACCAAAGUUAAAUAGAGCUAUUUAAAAAUGCACUUUAUUUGUAUUCUGUGUGGCUUGUCUUUUCUUUUCGUUUUGUUUCCAGUGCAAAUUCCAGCAUAAUUUAGACAAAAAUAGAACAGACAUGUAUUUUUUUUUGCUGAAUGUAGAAUGAAAACAUUGCAUUCUUGUACACUGAUUUGAAAUGCUGUAAAUAUAUCCCAAUUUGUAUUGAUUCUCUUUAAAUAUAAAAUGUAAAUAAAAUAUUCCAAUAAAA